GUUGGCGAUGUUUGCAGUAUUACAUUGCUAUUUUUUGCUGAGAAGAUUUGGUUGGAAGUUUUCGUUUUUCUGCCUGUGUGGGAACGUAGCUUGCCGGUUCCGGAAUUUACUUUUAUUCUAUACAUCGUGUGGAUUAUUGUGUUUUAAGUUCUACUAACCUGCGAUCAACUGUUGGAUUUAUAUAAUUUGCCACUGUGGAUUAUAAUUGCAAUAUGACUCUGGAAGAGGUCGUUGGCUGUGACAACACUGACAGGAAGAUGCAGACCGUAAACCAGGCUUUGGAGGAGCUACUGGUGACUGCACAAAGACAGGACUGCCUGACUGCGGGCGUCUACGAAUCCGCUAAACUUAUGAAUGUAGAUCCUGACAGCGUGGUUCUCUGUCUCCUGGCCACUGAUGCGGAAGAUGAGGAUGAUAUUGCCCUGCAGAUCCACUUCACCCUGAUCCAGGCUUUCUGUUGCGAUAACGACAUAAAUAUAGUCAGAGUGUCGGGCAUGCAGCGGCUGGAACAGCUACUUGGCGUGAACGAGGAAGAUGAUAGCAGUACCAAUACUAACAAGGAGCCCCGGGACUUUCAUUGCAUUCUUAUAACGAAUCCGCACACUGGUUCCUGGAAGAGUAAGGCGCUGCAGGAAGUGGCCAACUAUUGUGAAAACUGUCGCAGCCAAAAUCAGUGGAUCCCCUAUCUCUCCCUGCAAGAGCGCUGAAAAAAUCAGGUGAAGCAUUUCAUACGUGAAGAGCUAGCCAGAUGGCGUGUGCACUGACACCGACCAGAUUGCUAAUGUGCGACCUACAUUGAGUAACGAGAAAGGCAGGUUGGCCGAACGCUGCGCUGGGAGAGCAUGGUUUCCUGGAAUCGUGAUGAAAGGAGAAGGCUCUAGCUGUUGGGACUUCGUGCCUGAAGGGGGAAGGGUCUGAUAAAGCAGCAAAUUAUGUCCUUGCUUGCUGUUCACUGUUGUGUUGCUGCUGCAGCCCAAGACAGUUUCCUCCCCCAUGGGACAGAGUGUUCCAGGAAGGACAAUUGGAAAACGUAGGCAGCUAGCCCUACUGACAAUAUAAAAUGUGACAGUAAUGGCUACGAAACUGGACUGAAUAAUACAGAAAAGCACUAAUGGUGCUGGUUUCUGUGUGGACUUUGUGUAAAGAUGUCACAAUACUUUUAUAAUGUUUUUUCCCUUGUGGAAUAGCAUGUUCAUUGGAAAUCUGAUUUUGCAGAGAUGAUGGACACAAGUACCAAGGAGAGCUGCUUAUGCUAUUUAGCAGCGGUUUGACUGAACAUUGAAUAAUGUCAUUAUGUAAUGUAAAGUGAUGCGAUGCCCUACGCUGCAAACGAAGGGCAAUACAAAUCUGUACAAAAACAAUGUACUAUAAUCGUACAGCUUUUACGAAGUGCACUACCGAACAGUCUAGUAUUAAUAUUUUAUGUAUGUGUAAAUCAUUAGUCUUGUGUGACUUCAUGUCUAAUUGCAGAAUUUUGUUCCGUUCAUUGCACUACGACAUUCAGAAAUACCUUCGUGAUUUUUUUCCAGUUUUUCGAAUAAACUCUAUUUUCAUAUAUA